AGAAAGAAAGAGCUGAGGACAGGAGAGACGAGAGGACAUCAGGCGGAGUGAAGCUGGAGACAAGACGGGGGAACCUCUGGAGUCAACGCCCGACCUCAAGGAGCUGCACACAAACACAUCACACACAUACACACACACAACACACACACACACAUCCACAACUUUGGUGCAGCAACAUGUUCGAGGAGCAGGCGACCAGGGUGAAGAUCACGUCCGUGGUGAUCGUCGUGGGCAUGUCGGCGAUGCUGGCGGCGGUGGUGACCGACCACUGGGCCGUGCUCAGCCCUCGGGUGGAGAGGCUCAACGCCACAUGCGAGGCGGCCCACUUUGGCCUCUGGAGACUCUGCAAAAAGAUCAUCUUCAUCGUGGAGGAGGACCCUCAGGGCAAAGGCUGCGGCCCCAUCAGCUUACCCGGAGUAAAAAACUGCUCCUACUUCAAACACUUCACCUCGGGGGAAGAAGCGGAAGUUUUUGAAGUCAAGACCCAGAAAGAGUACAAUAUCUCUGCAGCAGCCAUCGCCAUCUUCUCCCUGUUCUUCAUGACGCUGGGCACUCUCUGUGUCAUCUUCUCCUUCGGGAAGGGUCGGGACUACCUGCUCCGGCCUGCUGGGAUGUUCUUCGCCUUUGCAGGCCUUUGCAUCAUCAUUUCUGUCGAGGUAAUGCGCCAGUCUGUCAAACGCAUGAUUGACAGUGACGAGACCAUCUGGAUUGAAUACUACUUCUGGUCCUUCACCUGCGCCUGCGCCUCCUUCACCCUCCUCAUCCUCAGCGGAGGCGCCCUGCUCCUCAUCUCCAUGCCCCACAUGCCGCGGAACCCCUGGGAGAGCUGCAUGGACGCCGAGCCCGACACCUUAGAUUAGACACCGCUGAUGCGACAGGAACAAAUCACAGAAAAUACAAGUUUUGUACCCUUUAGCCCUUUAAUGACUUAUACCGUCCUAAAUAGUUUGCAUCAGUGCAAAGUGUUUUUUUUAAGCUUGAUUUCCAACCUGUCCGUUGAUUUUAGUUCAAGUUAUUCAAAUAUUAAAAUGAACAUGAAGACACUUGUGAUAGACACACAGAUGCAGCUAAAAAAAAGUAAAUAUUGUCUUUACAUGAUAAAGCUUACGUCCUUGUUGGUGUGUUUAAGAGCUGAUGGGUACUUUGGGUAAACUACAACCUAUAUCGUUUUUUUAUUAACUUAAUAUUUGCUCUUACCCUUUUUUUCAAACCUACAGGAGAGCUCAGUCACUGCUGUAACUUUAAGAAACAUCCCUUUGUAUUUGUUUGUGAUCCUCGAUGUUACAUAGGUUAAGAUUUCCACUCCUGGUGAUUGUUCUGCUUUUACGGCUGAUUUGCGGAUAGACUCCCCUGAAGAUUGUGUUUUGACUUUUACUUGUUGAUUGCAAAUUGACAAUCAUUAUUCUAAACUGCUAAAGAGUGAGAACUAAACAGUGCUGACAUGUAUAAAUAUUAAUUAGAUUGGAUUAGAUUAGUUUGCUGAAGCACUCACUACUAAAUUGUGCAAAAAACAAGUUCUUUUAUACGGAUACAGUGAUCUCCAGCAGCUGUGUCUCUAUAUGAAGGAUGUUGGAGUAACAAAAAAUGUGCAUUUCAUUUUCUACUUGUUUCCACUGUGACAGACAGCUGGAUACAUUUUCAUUCAGGUCAAAUAUUCACUUCAACCCGUGGAUAUUUGGAGGUCCAGAGAGGGUAAUUUUUUAUAGGUAUUCAUGGUAACAAUGAAAAUGUCACAGUGCAAGCUAUUAGUGGUAAAUCAUAAAACCUUCAUCACUCGUUGAUGACAACACCUAGAUGACGUUAGUAUUUGACAAAGGCCCCGUGUCCACCUAGUGUUUUCUCCAGGCAGGAAGCACUGCACGUCCGUCCCGUAUCUAUGACAACAGUCUGUUGACAACGGCCGCUGUAUGACUGACACUUUCAUUUGAGAUCAUUUAUUUCUCGAUCAGACAUUGAGAGAGGAGGAUGAGGCUACAAGACACGAUCGGUUGGGAGGCAAAACUAUGGAGAUUAACAUACUUUUUAGAAAAGGGAUGUCAACAGAGCCUUUCUGAAAAGAUUUUCAACUUAAGCGCUCAGAGCGGCCGGAACGCCUGGAAAAAAAGACGCCGGGCGCUGCGCUUUUUCUCCAGGCAAUCUCUUUCUGCUGAGAACACUCUCUCCUCAUUGUAAACAAUUGAAAAAAGAUGCUAGCGCUCAGUGGACUCGGGGCCUUGGUAAAAAUAACACCAUGCUGUUGAACACAGGGAGACAUUUAAUGUAAAACUGUUCAUGAUGGUUAGCAGCUAACACAACAACUACACGGCUUCAUCAUCUCUAAAUGUGAGGGCGGUCAAAUGAUUUUAAGUUAACGAUGAGACUUCAGUAUUACAACAAACACGGUUCAAUAAAUGAGCGUCGAUAAAUACGACAAAAGGUCAACAAAAGAAUGAUGACACAGGACAACAAAAAGGAACAGGAUUACAUAAUCAUCUGUAAUAUUAGGCUUCAAUCAAUGCAGUCGUUUCCUUUUUCUCUGAGGAUUUACUUCAGUCAAUCUGAACCAUUGAUUGUCUAAAGAGAGAUAAUUACUUCAGGUCAGUGUUCAUGACCCCUGGUGACUUCAGUCCUGCAGCAGAGAUCCAUAAACAUUGUCCUCACAGCAUAAACUGAGCCUCGGAGUUAUGCUCUGCUUUCUGCAAAUGUACUCUGCUUUAAGGCUCCAAAUGAAUAAAUUAAAUGUUAGAGCAUGUACACAGAACACUCAGAAUGUAAUUCUUCAUGACCUUUACUCCUACCAAGAAUUUCAAAAAUCACAGAAUAUUUAGUCUUUGCAUAUUUUGUGUUUAAUGUUGAUAUUGAAAGUUAUUCUUUUGUACAUAAGGAGCACAGUUUACUGAAGUAAAAGUCCCUGUGUGUGUGUGUGUGUGUGUGUGUGUGUGUGUGUGUGUGUGUGCGUGUGUGUGUGUGUGUGCGUGCGUGCGUGCGUGCGUGCGUGUGUGUGUGAGCAUACCUGUCCUAUGAAGUUGAUUCUUAAGAACAACUGACUUUCUUUAGAUAUUUAGCAACAAAAAAAUUAGUGGCGCUCUGUUUCUGUUUGCAAUGAUCGCCAGCAGAAGCGCACACUUACUGCAGGGUUAGCGUGUAUGUUUACUCUUUACUGUUUACUCAUCUUUUUACCCUGCAAGCUACCCGAGAAUAUGACAUUUGUAGUAAUGGAAAAAGCUGACAAUUUAUCAAACUAGCACAAGCUAACUGCCGAUCCUUUGCACCUGCCUGACUCCGCGUCGGCAGGUGAAAGCCAACAGCACAAGGUUCACCCUUGUUUGAGAACAAGCUUUAACCGCUUGGCGUUUCACAUCACUAUGAUUAUAUUCCUUUACUGUUGCAGCCAUUACGGUGUCCGCCAUAUUGUCUCUGCAUUUCUUAGCCACAUCUGAGUUCUGCUCAAAUAUUUCUGAGAAGUUUGACGCUGAUGACACUUUGAUAUUCCUCUUUUUUUCAGUCGCUGUUUGUGACUGUAAAUGGCGCUGUAAAGCUAAAAGCCUUCUGUCCUAUAGACACCUGUAUAGUUGCUCUUUUAUGAAAACUGUAUUCCAAUGUUCAGCCUGUUUAUUUAAAUGACUUUAAUGUUCCCUUUAUAGAAGACCUUUUCUUUUCUAGUCCAAACAUAAAAAAUCAGAGUUCACCUGACAGCGGUCUUUUUUCAUUCGGCUCUUUCUCAGAGCAGAUUUUACAAAAACACUCAUCUAAGUCUAACCUGUUAUUUUACGUGAGUCACUGUGGCCCUGGAUUCAUUCAGCUGCAGCAGGUGGUUAAAUCAAAGCUCCAUAAAUGACGCUGUUUCAUGCAGGAACACAAACAGAAAUGAUUCAAUUUAGCCCUGAGAAACAGUUCUUCUCUUCUCAAUCACAACCUGACUUUGUCUUUGCACAGGUUUGUACUCUGGAUCAUCACACCUGUACAGUUUGUUCAUAUUUCAUAUCAUCCUCAAUGACAGAAGGAUGCCUACCAUCAUUUUCAGCUGGACAGGUUGUAAAAAGAAGAGACGUGUGACACAGUGUGGGCUGUAAGAAUAGUUUCAUACACAUCAUUUAUGCAAAUAAAAAUCCCCCUGAGUUGAGUAUUAGCUGUAGAGGACACACCUGAUCUUUUUAUGUGAUGUUCAUUAUCUGAAUAAGUAGAAGUCUGUUUUUGUCUUUUUUUCAAAAGAAAUACAAUAAAAAUUACUCUGAAAAGGUC